AUGUAUAGCAGAGGACGGAGGCCACAAAGAAAUGUCGCUCUUCUCGAACACGGGGGAGAAGUUCGAGCAUACAAGGCAAUAAGAGCACUGCAUGGCUCCGCGGACCCCAAACCCAUCGCAUCAUUUAUGCUUGAUGUCACUUUUGCGCCUCCUCCAAAAGACGUCCAGAAUUUAUUCUACAUUCCCGGCAUCCUUCUCCAAUUCAUUAAUGGAUUUCAGCCUUCGGAGUUGACACAACAAACACCGAUGACUUGUUGGGAGCAGAUUAUCAGUGACGUCCUACCAAGGAAUAUCAUAGUGGCUCGUCGAGGAGCCAACGAAGCUCAGCCAUAUAUCGUUGACUUUACACUUUUGAUUCUUUCAGCCUGA